AUGGUCUUGGCCACAAGGGCACACUGCUGGCUCAUGGCCGACCUGUCGUCCACCAGGACACCCAGGUUCCUCUCUGCAGAGCUCCCCUCCAGCAGCUCAUCCCCCAACCUGUACCGCUGCAUGGAAUUAUUCCUCCCCAGAUGCAAGACUCUACACUUGCUGUUGUUAAACCUCAUCCCGUUUUUUGUGCCCAGCUCUCAGCCUGUGCAGGUCUUGCUGAAUGGCAGCACGGCCUUCAGCCAAUCCUCCCAACUUCGUAUCAUCGGCAAACUUGCUGAGGGUGGCCAUUAUCCCCUCAUCAAGGUCAUUGAUGAAGAUGUUGAACAAGACCGGACCCAGCACAGACCCCUGAGGAACACCGCUGGUUACAGGCCUCCAACCGGAUUCUGCACCACCAACAACGACCCUCUGUGCUCUGCCAGUCAGCCAGUUCUCAACCCACCUCACUGUCCACUCAUCUAUCCCACACUUCCUCAGCUUUGUUAUAAGGAUGUCGUGGGGGACAGCAUCAAAUGCCUUGCUGAAAUCAAGGUAGACUACAUCCACUGCUCUGCCCCCAUCCACCCAGCCAGAGACAACAUCAUAGAAGCCUACCAGGAGAUGGCAUCCAGCACAGCUGUUCCAUCACCUUUCCAGGGACAGAGCUCUGAAGUGGAGAUGCCUCGAUGGCAGCACUUGAUGGCCUGGUUCGGCCCGGUUCCAUGAGCAGCAGGGUGGAAAAGGGAAACAGGGGAUCCCAAAAUGAUUGAAAACAGUGGCAACGAUCUGAGGUGCAACAAACUGAUUUACUAAAUAUGGUAUCAGCAAAAUAGAAUGAGAGCGAGCGAGCGAGAGAGUGUGUCUGAAAGGUGGAUAGGCCUCACCACAGCGCUGAGCUGAGAACUGCAGUCCAGUUGAGCCCAGGAAGAAAAGCAGGCGGAGAAGCGCAGGCGAAGACGAGAACAUCAGGGGACUUGGCCAGGAGCUGUGUGUCCUUGCUGAGCGCAAAGCCUCCUGGGGAAACGUGGUUCUUCUUCUCCUCCAGACAGGCACCCGCAACUUGAGCAUCAGCAGCCAAACCCCCAGUGCAUGACAUGAUGAGAUGGUGUGCAAUGCUGAGAACCCAAAGCGUAGCACCAGGACGUUCCCCCCCCUUAUUCUACAUCAUGCUUAACAGAUACAAACAAAAUAGGAGUCGUCCCCAGACUCGUGAAGGGAAAGGGUGACAGAGAACAAAGGGGAAACUGGGUACCAAUGUGACAGCUGUGUACGGGGGGAGGGGAAGUUUGGUGGGAGAGAAAACAGCGGUGAAUUCUGUUUCUCUCCACCUCUGUAAGGCUUUCCUCACUCUCUCUCACAACAGGCAAGUUGAUGACAUACCAGCUAAAAAAGAAAGCUACGAGGUGGGCACAAAACCACCCCAAGGGCCAGGCAGAGAGGGCUGCGAGCACUGGCAAAAGCUCAGCUGGAAGCCAGUUGAUAGAAAGGGGCCUUGGCCUCCACCCAGCACCAGCAGCGUUCCACCCCUCCAUCAGGGCCCUGGCAGCACAGUCUGCAGAUGAUGCAGAGGUACGAGGAGCAGUUGAAACAGCACAUCAUCGUGCAGUAAUUCAAAUGCAGGAACUGCAAGGAGCGACAGGAAAACACUGGGCAAAGCAGUCGCCUCUCAUGGCGAAAACGCCAGAUUUAAGGGGAAAAACUGGGAUUUCAUAGCUGGAAAAGCCAUAUUUAAGAGGAAUACCCCCCAAUUUCAGUGAAAAAACAGGGAUUUCUGGGAGAAUACCCCAGAUUUAAGGGGGAAAACAGGGAUUUGUGGGAGAAAACCCAAAUUUAAGGGGGAAAAUGGGAUUUCUGGGAGAAAACCCCAGAUUUAAGGGCAAAAGCAGGAAUUGCUGGGUGAAAAAUCCAGAUUUAAGUGGAAAAACCCCCAAUUUAAGGGGAAAAACGGAGAUUUCUGGGAGAAAACCCCAGAUUUAAGGAGAAAAAAUGGGAUUUCUGGGAGAAAAACCCGGAUUUAGGGGGAAAAUGGAUUUCUGGGAGAAAAAUCCAGAUUUAAGGGGGAAAACUGGGAUUUGUGGGAGAUAAAAUCCAGAUUUAAGUGGAAAAACUGGGAUUUCAGGGAGAAAAGCCCAGAUUUAAGGGGAAAAAACAGGGAUUUCUGGGAGAAAAAGACACAUUUAUUGGGAAAAACAGGGAUUUCUGGGAGAGAAAAGCCAGAGUUAAGGGGAAAAACAGGGAUUUCUGGGAGAAAACCCCAGAUUUAAGGGGAAAAACAGGGAUUUCUGGGAGAAAACCCGAGAUUUUGGGGGAAAAACAGGGAUUAAAGGGUUUUCUGCCAGCAAUCCCAGGCGUUCCCUUGAAAUCUGGGAUUUUCUGCCACAAAAACACCGCGAGCCCCUCCACCAUCGCAGCUCCACGCCGCCUCCGGCCACUCAUUGGUCAGGGCCAGUUCCGGCCCGUUCGUGCCUCUCAUUGGCCAGCUGCAGCUCCGUCCCGCCCCCGGACUCUCAUCGGUCAGGGCCAGUUUCGGCCCAUUCGUGCCUCUCAUUGGCCAGCUGCAGCUCCGUCCCGCCCCCGGACUCAGCAAAGCGCCCUGGCACAACACGCGGCGCUGCCGUACCGCACUUUAAGCCGCUGGAGCUGCAGCAGCGCAGCGCGGCUCCGUGUCGCCCAGCCUCGAGGCUGAGCUCUGCUCCGAGGCACGUUCCCCUGCCGCCCACCCGCUGCCCUCUCCUCCUCCCCGCUCCCAGCGCUGCUCUUCACACCAUCCCCCCCACACCUCCACUCCUCGUGUCCCAAUGCCAGGCUGAUGUGCAGCCCAAGGCUGCCCGCGUGCAGCGGGGCUUCCCGGGGCAAACAGCAACCCUCAGCACAGCGCAGGGCUGAAAAAGCCACCACGAAGAGAGGCAAGCUCCAGGGGCUGAGUGCAGGGACGCCUUUCUUCCUCCCGGGCCGCUUCCCCUCCUUCGUGCUUUUGCUGGCGGUCCUUGGAGAGCAAGGGCAGGCUCACAGCCUGUGGGCAGCAGCUACAGGUGGGCUGAAAGGCCACCCGUUA